AUGGACCAGGGAUCAGAGCGCAGUACGUUCGACAGGUAUCUCAAAGCCACCCAUGCGAGCCAUGCACUAUUGCAGCCGGAUGGGCGGUAUAACAAUAUUCCAAUGGCACUGGCGACUCUGCUCUUCCUGGGCGGAACAGCGGCCCAGAUAGAUGCCGCGUUUAAUUCGAUGAAGGGUACCGUAGCGUCGUGGGAAGCUUCUCCGCGAAGUAUCUCAGACGAGGAGGACCGGUCACGCUUUCUCGGCGAUAUAAGAUUUCAGGUGGCCUUUAAAGCAUAUUUCGGCAUGGAGAUCACCAAGCUGGGCAACAGCAAGUCUCUCGUAAUUUCUCAGGUCUUUGGCACGUCGAAACCGCUCCUGUAUGGGCUCUUUGCCGGCGUGGGACGGCCGCUAGCAUUGCUGAGCGACAGCAUCGAGCUGCGGACAGCGCUGCUCGUGAUACAAGCCCUCACCCUGUCAGCCGUCGACUGGAUGGACUCGAUGUACGAGCUCAUGACGCAUCCCAGCCUAUCUGUCCCUCUGUUGGAGCAUCUGUCGCCGGAAGAUAUCCUCAGCCGAGUUGCCCACGACGGCCGCUUCAGCGGCAUCAUGCGAGGCUUUGGGCCCAGCUUUCAGGCGUUACCGUGCAUCUUUGCGAACGCAAACGCCAAGCUAGCCCUGGUUGAGUACGUCCGAAUGCUCGACGUCAGCAACCUGCCGCUACUGCGGCCUGUGUUGGACGUCAGACUGCUGGAAUUGGAUGAUGCCCCUGAUGAGGAGACGGGGUGGGAGAUGAUUCGACAAGAUUUUCUCGUGUUUGCCCCGUUUUCGGGCAAAUACAGAGAUAUCGAGUUCUUGAGGGCUUUGCGGAGCUUGUGGGAGCUGUAA